CGCCCCUUCUCGCGAAUGUGCGUGAAGUGUGUUGACUGACUGGUUUCACUCCGGCGUGUAGACAAGCAAGUUAGUCACUUUAGACGACAUUUCUUCUAUUUAUAUAAAGAUAUAACAAACCAAAUAUCAUGAACAGCUUACUUAGAUCUACUGCUCGGUGUCUGCGGUCUGGGGCAGCGGUCUUUCUCCCCAGACAAGCCGACGGUCGCGUGUUGUCGGCCCCGGCCCGGCUUCUGUGCGCGGCGGCGGAUAACCAAAAAGACCUUGGUGAGAUGGUGAAGAAGGACAAAGUGGUGGUGUUUAUGAAGGGGACUCCGGCACAGCCCAUGUGCGGCUUCAGUAACGCCGUGGUUCAGAUCCUCCGGAUGCACGGGGUGGACGACUACGCCGCGUACAACGUGUUGGAUGACCAGGACCUCAGACAAGGAGUAAAGGACUUCUCCAACUGGCCCACGAUCCCUCAGGUGUACUUCAAUGGCGAGUUUGUGGGAGGCUGCGACAUCUUGCUCCAGAUGCACCAGAACGGAGAUCUGGUGGACGAGUUAAAGAAGCUGGGUAUCCAUUCUGCAAUGCUGGACGCUGAGAAAGAGUCCAAGUAGAGGACAAGCAGAAACUUCAAAACCGCUGAGGACACAUUCAUCAGGUUGAAGCCCCACUCAGAUGAUCGUAUAUGAAUCAACUCUCUAGGCAGCCAUGGGCAAAAUUCACCCCGAGUGCAGCAUAGACUUUAAUCUUGGAAGAAAAACAGGGAUUCCUACAUUUUACUCACAAUAAAUCUGUACCAUAUUUCUCACCUUCUCUUUAAAGCUGCAAUAACAAUGUUUAUUUCUGGCCACUUGGGUACAGCAGAAACAAAUUGCCAUCAAAACAGUAACAUAUUAUCACCUUUUCAGAGAGAUGCGGCAAACUUGUUAGCAUUCUUUUCGAGUUCUGUUUCUGGCCACCUGAUGAAUGCAAGUCCAACAUUCACUCCUUUCACUCUCUUUUCUAGCUCUGUUGUGGUCUCCACUAGAUCCAGAGAAAAUACAUUUGCCCCUUUAGCUGCUAAAUGCUUCGUUAUGCUCACCAGCUAGUUGCUAACAUUGCUGGUCUGGUGUUUGGUGCAGUGCAUGUUUCAUAGAAAACAGCUGCCUGAGGUACAAAAUGUUUUUAUGAGAGCUGUGAGAGUGAACCAAAACAGUAAAGUUGGAGACCAGAAAACCAAAACAAUGAACUCAAAAGGCAUUAUAAAACUCCAUAGAGGUGAGGGGAACUGCAUUCUCUGACUUCAUCAUUAAAGAUAAAACCCCUUUCCCAUUACAGAGUUUUUUGAUCCAAAAUUAUUAUUGGUUUUAAUAUUUCCAUAUCACACAGUUUCUAUCAUAUCUCCAUUCACAAAAUUCAGAAUUUUAUAAUAAAAGAUGUUGUAAAAGCCAAAAUAUUAACCAUCCAUAUCAGUAUAGUUGUUGGAAUCACAAGCUUUUGGGGAUAAAUACAGCAAUGAACAUCUAACAAUAACCCCACUGUUGUAUAAACCUUUUCAGGGCUGGACUUUUACUGCCUAAGGGUCAGAGUGUCAGGUUCCCUACCCAUGCUUUAAUUGGUUUACAUAAGAGUGCUGGUAACCUGCCCUUUAUUAUCCCUGCUACCUCUAUUGUCAGCCCAUUUUCUCAAGCAAUUUAUAACCCUGCUGAGGUCACACCAGGAAAAGAUGUCAUCACAAAAGAAACCUUCCUAAUGCACUGCCUGUGAGUGGAAAUACUGGAAGGAAGAACAAAGCGGGGACAAUACAUUUCAAUAUUGUCAUAUGUUAGGGAUUGAUAAAGCUGAUGAGGGUUCAUAAUACUAAACCACACCACAUAUGAAUUUGCUUUUGUAGUGAAGGUAACUACAGACAUGGACCACACCUCACUGACCUCGUUACACACAUGCACUGUCAGAAUAUCUUCGACGGAGCCAACAACUUUGUCCCCUUGUUGGUUCUUCCUGCCAGCAACUACAUAUAAAAUGUGUUCCCUGUGUUUUAAUGUCUACUACUGCUGAAAGGCAACAAACAUACCACGAUGACAGCACAUCUGGACAAGCAGGAGCAGUUAUAUUUAAAGUUUGUUUGAAUAUGUUCAUGUCUGGUAUCCGUCACUGAAGGAAAAGUAGUGUUUUUUUGUCACUGAGCCUCUGAACGUCUGAUCAUUUACCAAUCCCACAGUAGAUGUUCCUCCUGCCGCACACAGUUGUAUUAUCAAAACUAUGGUCAUGUAGUACACUGUAAGAUAUUGUACAUUAAAAGCAUAUUAUUAAAUGUAUUUUAGCUGCAUGUAAACCCUGUACCAAUUAAAUAUUUUGACACAAAUAACAAGCAAA